GUGUAGGCAGUAGCUGGAUAGGUAACAGGGGCUCCAAGUGGGCUCUGUGAGAAUGAGACAAAGAAUCCCUUGGACAUCCCUGAACUGUCUUCAGGUCCCAGCACUGCAUGUGCAUUCAUUUCCUCAUAGUGUGGUGAUAUGCUGCUCCUCAUGCAUCCCCAUGUUCUGCUUCCUCCAUGCUCUCUCUCCUAGGUGCACCUCCAACCCCAAGACAUGUCCUGCUGUGACCAGUGCCAGCCAUGCCGGCCCUGUGGCCCCACCCCUCUGGCCAGCAGCUGCAAUGAGCCCUGUGUCAGGCAGUGCCAGAACUCCACCAUUGUCAUCGAACCCUCUCCUGUGGUGGUGACCCUGCCCGGACCCAUCCUCAGCUCCUUCCCGCAGAACACUGUUGUGGGAUCCUCCACCUCCGCUGCUGUUGGCAGCAUCCUCAGCUCUGAGGGCGUGCCCAUCACCUCGGGGGGCCUUGACCUCUCCUGCAUUUCCAACCGCUACUGUGGCAGAAGGUGCAACCCCUGCUAA